GCGGGGCCCAGGGGCAGCCAGGCCCAGGGCGCCGCCUGGGGAUAGAAAUGCCCCAGGCGUUCUGGGACGCACAAAGCGCAGGCGCAGCAGGUUGGGUAGCAGAAGCAUCAAGUAGCGGCCGUUUUGGCAGCAGCAUCCGCAAGAAGUGUAGACAGGUUCCACCUGACCCCAUCCUGGAAAGUCCUUUUGAAGAGAUGGCCCUGGUGAGGGGCGGCUGGCUGUGGAGACAGAGCUCCAUCCUCCGCCGCUGGAAGCGGAACUGGUUCGCCCUGUGGCUGGAUGGGACCCUGGGCUACUACCAUGAUGAGACUGCACAGGAUGAGGAGGAUCGCGUGCUCAUCCAGUUCAACGUCCGCGACAUAAAGAUUGGCCAAGAGUGCCGUGAUGUGCAGCCCCCAGAGGGCCGGAGCCGAGAUGGCCUGUUGACUGUGAACCUCCGGGAGGGCUCCCGCCUACACUUGUGUGCAGAGACCAAGGAUGAUGCCAUAGCAUGGAAGACGGCACUGCUGGAGGCGAACUCCACCCCGGCCCCAGCUGGAGCCACCGUCCCUCCCAGGAGCCGCCGAGUUUGCCCCAAGGUCAGGUGUGUGACCCGCUCAUGGAGCCCCUGUAAGGUUGAGAGGCGGAUCUGGGUACGCGUCUACAGCCCGUACCAGGACUACUAUGAGGUGGUACCCCCCAACGCGCACGAAGCCACAUAUAUCCGCAGCUACUACGGACCCUACGCAGGCCCCGGUGUGACGCACGUGGUAGUGCGGGAGGAUCCCUGCUACAGUGCUGGCGCUCCGCUGGCCAUGGGCAUGCUUGCCGGGGCUGCCACAGGCGCAGCACUAGGCUCGCUCAUGUGGUCGCCCUGCUGGUUCUGAGUCCUGGGACUCGGAGUGUGGACCCUGCGCAUAGACCAACAACAGGCCCCUGUUCUUACUUGACCUGACCCUCCACUAAGACCUGCCGUACUUUGGCUCCUUCUUCUCCAUUAAACCCUUCUGGACUUGGAUCAUCCAUCCCACUCCCUCACCCUCUAAGUUGGAAGAAGCUAUCAUCCCAGGCACAAACAUAGCUCAAAAUCCUUAUAUCUACUGCCAGACACCCCAGAAUUUCAUUAUAGACAUAUAUGGACACAUUUCCCCCAAAUACACAGGACACAGAAGACACAACUCAUGUGACUUCAAAUUCCCAGGUGCUGGAGACACAGGAGUCAGGUUCUUUGUCCAGCAGCUGGAGAGUUAUCAAGACAGAGUUAUCCUCCAUCCACAUGAGGAUAAAGAACAAAAAGAAAGUAGGCUAGGAGUAGGAUUGUUGGCAAGAGUGCAGAACAGUGAAUAUCAUGGCAUGUCCAAGGAAUUGAGUUCAGUUAGGCUGGGGUGGGGACUGGGAUCAGAUCAUGAUGGCCCUCCAGGCUAAAGAGCUUGCUGGGGAGAUGUGAGCUUUUUGGAGGGAAGUUUCAUGAUUGUGCCUAUAAUGAAUAUAAUGCCUCUUUUGUUAAUACUGACACAUACUCAAAUCUAAAACCCAUCCUUCCCACUACCAGCUUCCUGGGUCCCUUGUUUCUUCAGGGCUUAGAUUUCCCCCAUGUUAGGAUGCCUGGGGCAGCAAUUGAGCUAAACCUGGGGUCCCCUUGCUGGGGAGCAGAUGAGCUCUAUUUGGGACCUCCAGCCCUAGGAUGGGUGCCUCCAUCAAGCAAUGCAUUCCUGGUCCCCAAGAACUUGGGACCUCUGUCCAUAUCUGUGGUUGUCACCAUCUCAGGCUUUGUCUCUUCCUUCACCCUGGGGGAGAGGCAGUGUUCACCUCUUGGGCCUGAUCCACUAGGAAGCCCUACGUGUGCCUCCCUAUUGAGUGGCCCAGCAGUCUCUCCAUUUGGCUCCCUUCCAAUUUCUUCUCCCAUUCUGUCCUAAUAGAAGUGCUAACAUUCCUGCCCAGUAGCCAGAGUAGCCUGCUAAAAUUCCCUUGUAGGUAGGGGCUCCAGUGACCCUGCUGCAGAGACUAAUAAAGAUGUGAUUGGCUCUA